AUGCGACUCUGGCCGCGCGAUACUUCCGCCCGCGACGACAUCCAGCUCACCACCACCGGCGAGGGCCAGCGCCAGCGCUGCAGCAAUGCGCCGCCACGUACCACCGGCACCGCUGCCGCCGAGGAUGCCUGCCUGGGCGUCCUGCCGCUCGAGCUGCAGUACCUCAUUAUCGCGCAACUCGACCUCGCCAGUCUGGUCAACCUGCGCCAGACCAGCCGCCUGUACCGUCACGUGAUUACCGCCGAUGUCAUCCGCAAGCGCUUCACCAGGGACGGCCGGCCCGCCGCCGUGCUCAGGAGCUGCUGCACCGAGUGCCUGUCCAUGCCGGGGCUAGAUCGUCUGAUCUUGGAUGCGACGCUCGAUGCCACGGCCUGGCGCUCCGUCUGCUUCCGCUGCUGGCGCGAGCGCCUGGGUCGUGACUACCGCCUCAACCCCUGGCCGCAGGUCGAGAUCGCCAAUGGCGACAUGGGCUACAUAUGCCAAUUCUGCAACUGGCCCAUCCAGAGCCGGACCGCCGACAGUGGCACCGAGCGCCUGCACGCGCCGUGCAAGGCCAAACGGCUCACCGUCUUGAUCACGUGGAUGAUCAUGGCGUUUCUGCAAUUCGGGCUUGGCAUAUUGGCUGCCGUCCUGGCGUGGACUAGAUAUAAGGAGCAGCCCAAGAUAUUGAUACCCGCAAGCAUCGACUUUGGCCUGGCGUUCUUUGCAGUCGGCGUCUUCUUGGUCCGCAUCAGCACCACGACGGAGAAGACUUACGCGAGGGCGCUCGCCGGCGAACUCGUCAUCUGCAUCGUCCGCCUCCCGCCCACCGUCUACUCGGCGCGCGAGACCGUCAUCACCCGCCUGCAGGUCGGCCUACUGCCCAAGUUCGGGUUUGGCGUGUUCCUGAUCAACCUCAUUUUCCGCUUCCUCGAUUUCAUGGGCCACGCCCUGCUGAACGGCGGUUACGACCCGCGCAGUGUGUUCUUGAAGGGCCUCCCGUCGCAGAAGAAGCUGCUGUACAUGUUUUGUACGUUCAUGGUGUGGUUUGCAUAUAUCCCGUUCUGA